AUGGCCUCUAUUCGACUUGCUACAGCGUCGAACUUUCGAACUUUCCAGAACCUCGUAGACGCACUUGUCUCGAACGAUGGCCGAUGGAGAGAACAACUUGACCAGGAAGCCCUUGAAGAUGAAUUCGGCAGGCUCAGGGUGUGGUCGGGAAAUUUGGGGGCUUUACAGAAGGGCCACAGCUCUCUUGACUACCGGCUCCGCGAUUCACCGUUGCUCUCUGGAAACGCCUUGAAGUUCUUGGAGGAACUAAACCAGAAUCUCCAUGAAGCACAUUCAAUAGUGUCCGGGACUCGCUUACCUUACGAAGAUCAAUCACAGCCGGACUCAGCGGAGGAGCUUGACGAAGACAACGACGACGGUUUCUUCAGCGAGGAUGAUGAUGAUGACGAGGAAGCUGCUAGCUCAAAGAAAGAGUUAACGAUGCGCUACGAAGAGAUCGUCGACAUUAUCGACAACCUGUACAAGCUAAGUGUCCGCAUCAGAACGCCCACAAUUCGAUCAAGGUCCCUCAAGGCAGCCUCUUAUCAACCAAAAGAUCCUGAGACUGGCGUUGACAUACUCAGCACGUAUGCUCUGUACGACAAGCAGCAUACAGAAGAGCUCCUCCGAUAUCUACGACAACCCCAUAUUCCAGAUGCGCAGACUGAUGAUGGCUGUCUUGCAUCCCGAUUGGCUCAUGCUGUGACCCUUCGUCGUCGACAGUUCAAAUAUUGGAAGAGGCACCGGGAGAAGCUUUCAGUGUCCACAAUACUCGAGGAAACCGCGGUACGUGCAGAACGCCCAGUAGAGCAGAUCAAUGUGCCUUCACGGAACAACCCUGCGGAAGCUAUCCUACCACAGCCAGUUAUCUUUCUCAAAGAGGCGCCCAGCCAGAGGACCGGCAAAACGAUGCUCUCAGGGACCGAAGCAACACAUCAUCAUCAAUCGCUUGAUGACAUCGUCGAUAGCAAGUCCGUGACAAGCUAUGCUGUCACCGUGACAGACAUCCAUGGCAAGGGAGUCAAUUUACCUCCUCCACCCAAAAGUGCUGAUGGAGAGAGGGACUUUGAGUGUCCAUACUGCUACAUCAUUUGUCCAGCCCGUUACGGUAGGGGACGAGCAUGGCGUACUCAUCUGCUCCAAGAUCUGCAGCCAUAUGUCUGUACAUACCCAGAUUGCGAAGCUUCCGAGCAACUGUUCCGUAGCCGCAGGGAAUGGAAUGAACACGAAGCUAGCCAUCGCAAAGCCUGGAGGUGUCCAGAGCAUCCUUCAGCCAUAUACAGGUCUCGCAUUGGACUUGAGGACCAUCUUCGACAGCAGCAUCUCGACAGCUUCCCCGAAAGUCAAUUGGAUACCAUAGUAAAGAUCGGCGAGACCUCGACCGUUGAGACGCGUGAGAAGUGCCCUGUCUGCUUCCUCUCUGCAGACGCAGAGGGCAUGGGUGAUUUUGCAAAUCAUGUAGCUAACCAUCUUGAACGAUUCGCAGCUUUUGCUCUACCCAAUAAUAGCGAAGAAGACACAGAUGGAGCAGGUAGCGCUGCAAGUCGCGGUCGGUCUCGUAGCACUGCUUCACAAGACGUGAGCGAUAUGUCACUGCCCAGCGAUAUCUCGGAAGAAGAGCAGAGCGGGGGUUUUGUCACGGAGCUACAAAGGAGUGAUGAAGAACCUCUCGUCUAUGAGCGAGAACCACAAGAGGGUCUGCAGAGUUACUCGCUGCUUUCUGCAGAAAGCUUGCUUUCACUACCAGAUGCUAGUCAAAAUCGUCUCGAUGCAUUACUGGCACAUCACGUAGACGAGCAGGAUGACGAUCUUGAUGAAGAUACCGAUACCAUGCCAGCCGACAUUCAAGAGCAAAUGGAACGUAUAGAGAGCUUCAGAGCCUAUAUGUUGUCCCUACCAGGCGCUCAGACUGUACGGUUCUUCAGACGCUAUGGUUCGUGGAGAGGAAACGCAAUCUUCGGUAAUGGGACACAGGCAGCUCAAGCUCUGGGACUCUUCGACGAGUCACUCUGGCCGCAAGUCAAUAUCCGACAAGGCACCGAAAGCAAUCGCAACAAGCUCAAGUUUAGCGUGCCAAACACAGAAACUUUCACACGAACCACUCCAGUCCGACGGUCAACCUCCGCCACGCAAGAUGCUGAUAACAAAAGUAUCUCUUCUGCUUCAAUAGAUUAUGAUGAUGAAGCAACUGUCCAAGCAAAGGCAGACGUAUUAUCUGUCUCUGACAUUCCCGCCCUUCGCGAGUUGUACAGAACUCGAAAGCUGCUGCAGCGCGACCAGAGUUACCCUCCAAACGACUCAUACAACCGGAUUAUAUCUUUCUGUUACCAUGAUCUUACAAGGAUAAAAGUAGACGCUAUCGUCAACAGUGCCAACAAUUCCAUGAAGGUCAGUAAGAAUGCCACGACGCUCAACUACUCCGUUCACAAGGCCGGGGGACCGAAACUCUCGGAAGAAGCCAGGUUGAAAGGCAAAUUGAAAUCAGGGCAAGCGGCGCUAACCGGCGGCCACAACCUGCCAUGCGACUAUGUCAUCCAUGCAUCCAGACCUCAGUACUCGUCGAACAAGGGCAUGGGGCAGUUCAACAUUCUUACUGAGUGCUACCGCAGCGCUCUCAAAAUCGCACUUGUUCAAGGGAUUAGAUCUGUUGCUUUCCCUUGUCUCGGUGCCGGCGGCUGCGGGUUUCCACCGCGGGUAGCUGCUCGUGUAGCUCUUCAGGAGGUGCGAGAAUUUAUGGACUCUCAAGUCAAACAUCCCUUUGAGCAAAUAGUUUUUGUCGUCAACAGCGCUUGGGAUGAGAAGGCCUAUAUGGAUCUACUCCCUGUUUUCUUCCCGCCUACACACGGGGACUUGGAAGUGGCUGGGCCACCAGAAUGGACUGCAAUUCGUGCAGCACUUGCCGCUCAAGCUCUGGAGACAAGACUUCAGGUGCAGAAAGUCGUAGAGGAAUUGUCCGCAGAACUCAGCCUUUUCAUACCCGACUUUCCCACGGGAGUACUAGAAGAGCUCCAAGGCAUAGACUCCGCUCUGGCUUCGAUGAGAGGAUUUCUAUUGGGCCCCAGUGCUCUCAGGCGGAGUUCAGAAGAAGAUCUUAACCUCCUCUGUUUUGUUAUGCAGACUGUUUGUGGUGGCAUCACAGAACUCACAGAAACAGCCAAAGACAUGCCAUUCUCCGGGGGUCGCAGUCACAAAGGCCUGUGGGAUGAUUACAACAAUCACAUGAAGAUGGCCCACCAUAGUGAUGUCGAACAGUUUCUGAAAGACUGUCAGAACUUCGCUCAAUGUCUGGACGAUAUUCUUACUCGCAAUGGCGUGGAGCUGGACGAGAUGACGCCUAUGCGCUUGAGGCUCGACAGCUUCAAAGCCAAGCAGAGAGGUCAAGAUACCGAAGGUGUCCGUGAUCGUUUCGACGAGGUUCUCUAUACGAGAGAGUUUCAGCGCGAAAACAUCACUCAAAGCCGGGAAAUCGUACGAUUGCAUCAGAUAUCGUCGAUAACACAACUGUAUUCAUCAAAGCAACUCGAAGAAAAAUCAACCAUGGCACGGCCAUCCGUAGUGUUCAAUGAUACAGUUUGUCUGGUUCGAGAAGACAUCACGAAGUUGGAGGUCACCGUCCUAGUCAACUCUACCGAUGUAUCGUUUGCUGGCAUGGGCACACUGGAUCGCAAAGUCUUCAACAAAGGCGGCCUAGAGCUUCGGCAGGAGCUCAACAAGUUCGGUGUAUGCAAGGAAGGAGACGUCAAGACCACACCAGGCUAUCUGCUCUCAGCAAAGUACGUCCUACACGUGGUGCCACCGGAGCAGUACAGGAAGAACAGUAAAGAUGUCUUGCGGCAGAUCUAUCGCGAGAUUUUGCACACUGCCCAGUCCCUAGGAGCAACGUCUAUCGCAAUUCCAUCCAUCGGUACUGGCAUGCUGAACUAUCCAAGACGAGACUGUGCAUCACUAGCUCUGGAAGAAAUUCACCGUUUUCUCGAAACCGCUGAGCCAACGAACUCGGUGGAAAAGAUCGUUUUAGCUGUAUACUCCGCGAACGAUGAGUUUGUAUACAGGUCCCUUCUACCCGUUUACUUCCCACCGAUCAAUCAGAGCGUCAACAGAGCGCUACCAGCAUCGCACCCCAUUCCUACUAGCCCACGGGAGCAGCCUAAAACGAUAUCAGCUCCCAAGCGUACGCUAUUCAGCUCCAUUGGUGACGCAGUGCGUAAUCUGGGCAGUUCACGCUUUGGAAAGCGGCCCGUUUCUCAUACUUCACGUGCUAUUAAUAGCUACGAAGAGCAUGCACUCAUCGGUUUCGAAUCGCACGCCCAAGAUUGCACUACCUGCAAAACUAUGAAGCAACUCUACCUGAACGGGGGAGCUCUCUGCGAGCAUGGGUACCCUUUGGCACAAACACUGCUAUGGUACAUGACUCUGGGACCAGACCAGCUCGUGUACACAAGGCCCGUACAGAUCAGACAGAGCAUCAGACUUGAGGUUCCGGAAGACAUGUUCCCGCUUUCUUUGACACUUCUAAGCUUAGUGGAGGCAAGCUUAAGGGAAGAAGGUCGAGAGCAUCCAUUUGUCAGUCCGAAUCGCGCAUAUUCGACCAUUAUUCAAGGCCAGACUGAGAAAGACGAUGCAACAGAUCUCACCAUAUACGGUGCCGAAAAAGCUUCAGCCCGCGUCGAAGUAUGGUCAGGUUCUGAAAAUCUGUGGAGCCCCGUCUCACCUGGCGAGUGUGUCAUUCUCGUUCGACCGCGAAGGAUAGACGUUUACGAAGCUCACGCCCCUGUAACAACACAAAAGCCUCUGUUGACUCUUGAGCUUAACGUCGAUGUGGAGAUUGCAAGACACGUUUACCAACCGGGGUUGAUCAUUCGUGGUGCUGUCGUCUCGCAGUUGACUUCGCUCUCGCCCUCUUCUAGUAAUGGCGAGAUUAGGUUCGUAAGCCAAAGCACAGCAGCCUCGAACGCGCUGCUCGCAAUGUUGCAUCGAGCGAACCCGGAGUUUCCGGUCACUCGAGAAGACCUCAACGUUGCUUCCCACGAUGUCGAGGGUACAAAGAAGCAAAUCCAGGAGGCAGUAGAGCCACUAGGCAAGCCUUCAGACAAGAUUGAGUCGGACUCUGAGCGAGAUAUUGCAAAUUCUGCCGCUCAGCAAUCCGAAAAAGAUACGCAGCAACAGGUUCCAAGCCCACUGCAAGUCAAAAUGCAGAGGCUGAGCGCAGCCGCGUCUCAUUUCAAUAUUGAGCCAUACGAGCAUCAGUCGGCCAUAGUCGAUCAGCUUGGAGAUGAUACGGUUCUCCCAGGCCAUGCUGGGCCUUCUUCACGGGUACAAGUAGGUAUCAGGUCUUCUGAUAAGCCCCUGACUACGCUUGAGCAGCAAGUCCUCCACUACUUGACCGAAGACCUCAAAUCACGACCGGGUUCUUACAUUGGUCAAAACACCAAGGGCAUCGCCUCAGCACUCAACAAACGGCCAUCAGAAAUAUCAACUGCUACUGAAAGCUUAUCGCAACAGAACUACAUUCACAACACUAUAGAUAAAUGGACAUGGGUGGUAUCACAGGCUCCGACAGACCUUCCAGCUCUUGGUGAGCGUCUGUCAGGGGUUCCCAUUCGCCAAACAGCGCCACCAUCGACGAUCCCUAGCCUCGAGAAGGCAAACGAGACAGACAAGGCAGAUUUACUAUUUCAGAUGGAUUUGCUGGAGCAACAAGUCAUGUCGUACUUCACACAUUUCAACUCGGGGUCCCCGCUGGAGCAAGGCUGCAAGUCUCAAGACAUAGCGAAAGCGCUCGACAAGGACGUUGACGAAGUUGAACUCGUGCUGGAUCAGCUUGCCGAGCAAGGCAAGCUGCACCUUGCACCUGAUGGCGAGACUUGGAACAUGCCCCUGCCACGGCAACACAUCCCCUCGAAAUCAGAGGACAUUCGAAACGCAACAGAGUUCCGGGACACACCGCCGAGUCCUGUCAUCCCGGCUUUGAGCGCAGAAGCUCAAAAUACACCCAUCGACAUCGUAGACGCUGCUGAUCUCGGGGCUCUGGACGUCGAUGAUCCCCCACCACACCCUGGCACGCGCUGGACACGCAUCGACAAAGCCUACGUCGAUCCGCGCGUUCUAGCCAACCUAGACGAAGAGUUCCACGAAGAAGGAUACAGCCUGAUCGUGCACCGGGUACUCCGGCGUGGUGAACUCAAGCAAUGGGUGCAAAAGACGUUAGAGUUAAGGUUGCAGAGGACCGAUGUUGCGAGAGAGAGAGAAGGGGCGUGA